GAACUGCUUCUUCUAAAACAGACACCAUCUUCCUUAAACUCUCUCUCUCUCUAGCGAUGGCCGGGGAAGAGGUAAAGACGGGGCCGCCCCCGAACUUCUGGGGGCACAUGCCCGAAGAGGAGUACUACGCGUCGCAAGGGGUGCGCAACUCCAAGUCCUACUUCGACGCCCCCGGCGGCAAGCUCUUCACGCAGAGCUUCCUGCCCUUGGAUCAGCAAGUCAAGGCCUCCGUCUUCAUGACCCACGGCUACGGAUCCGACACCGGCUGGCUCUUCCAGAAGAUCUGCAUCAGCUUCGCCACCUGGGGCUACGCCGUCUUCGCCGCCGAUCUCCUCGGCCACGGCCGCUCCGACGGCCUCCGUUGCUACAUGGGUGACAUGGAGAAAAUAGCUGCCGCGUCAUUGUCAUUCUUCACCCAUGUCCGCAAGAGCGAGCCCUACAAGGACUUACCCGCCUUCCUAUUCGGCGAGUCCAUGGGUGGAGCGGCGACGAUGCUGAUGUACUUCCAAUCCGAGCCCGACACAUGGACUGGUUUGAUCUUCUCGGCCCCGCUCUUUGUGAUUCCGGAGAACAUGAAACCCAGCAAGGUACGAUUGUUCCUCUACGGCAUGCUCUUCGGGAUCGCCGACACGUGGGCGAGCAUGCCGGACAACAAGAUGGUGGGGAAGGCCAUAAAGGACCCGGAGAAGCUCAAGAUCAUCGCGUCGAAUCCGAGGAGGUACACGGGCAAGCCGAGGGUGGGCACAAUGAGGGAGAUCGCCCGGGUGUGCCAGUACAUACAGGACAACUUCGCCAAGGUGAGCACUCCGUUCCUGACGGCCCACGGGACAUCGGACGGCGUAACGUGCCCCACGUCGUCACAGCUCUUGUACGAGAGGGCAUCCAGCUCGGACAAGACCCUGAAGAUGUACGAAGGGAUGUACCACUCGUUGAUUCAGGGGGAGCCCGACGAGAACGCUGACCGGGUGCUGGGCGACAUGAGGGAGUGGAUCGAUGAGCGGGUCGCGAGGUACGGGCCGAAGAUAGCCUGAGCCCAAGCGUAAAUCGGUUUCUGUUUCUAUUCUGCGUGUUGACCACAACGAAAGUGUCAUUUUGAU